GCUGUUACAGAGCCGAUUGCCUUAUCUCACUCCUGUGUAAGCCAAAACUAUAUAUCCAUUAUCCACACAUACACAACCGCUAUGCCUCGGCAGAAGUAAUGAAAUGCAAGCCUCAAUCCCAGUUCGUGCUCCAACGUUUGUCUCUCAACGACGCUUGUUCGAGCAAAAACUAUCCGAACUCCACAAAUGCAACAACCUUAACCAACUCAAACAACUUCACGCACUCAUUUACAGAUCUUAUCUUCAUCAAGACCCAUUUAUAUCCACUAAACUCCUCACUUCUUAUUCUAACUGUCGUCAAAUGGUGUCUGCUAUCUCUGUAUUUAACCAAGUUCAAACACCUAAUGUGCAUUUGUAUAAUACUAUGAUCAGAGCUCAUGUUCAUAACUCUCAGCCUUUACAGGCUUUUGAUGUUUUUUAUCGUAUGCAAUGUGAUGGUGUUUGGCCUGAUAAUUUCACUUACCCUUUUCUCUUAAAGGCUUUUUCUGGGCAGUCUUAUGUGUCUGUUGUGAGGAUGGUGCAUGCCCAUGUGGAGAAGUUUGGGUUUUAUUCUGAUAUUUUUGUGCCUAAUGCUUUGUUGGAUAGUUAUUCGAGGUGCGGUGUGGUGGGUGUUCAUGCGGCGAGGAAGCUGUUUGGGGCUAUGGAGGUGAGGGAUACUGUGAGUUGGAAUACUAUGAUUGGGGGGUUGGUGAAAUCGGGUGAGGUGAUUGAGGGGCGGAAGGUGUUUGAUGAAAUGCCCGAGAGAGAUAGUGUGAGUUGGAAUACGAUGAUUGAUGGGUAUGUCAAGGGUGGGGAAAUGAAUGCGGCUUUUGAAUUGUUUGAGAGGAUGCCGGAGAGGAAUGUGGUUUCUUGGUCCACGAUGAUUUCGGGGUAUAGUAAGGCGGGGGAUAUGGAGACAGCGAGAAUGCUGUUUGAUAAGAUGCCGGUGAAGAAUUUGGUUUCGUGGACGAUAAUUAUAUCUGGGUAUGCGGAGAAGGGGUGUGUGAAGGAGGCGAUUGAGUUGUAUGAUCGAAUGGAAGAGGCUUUAUUGAGGCCUGAUGAUGGGACUAUUAUUAGUGUUUUAGCUGCUUGCGCUGAAUCAGGGUUGCUUGGAUUAGGUGAAAGAGUUCAUGAAACUAUUGAGAGGAGUAGAUACAAGUGUAGUGUGCAUGUUUGCAAUGCUUUAGUUGAUAUGUAUGCGAAAUGUGGUAGCUUAAAUCGGGCGUUGAGUGUUUUUAAUGGAAUGAGGACUAGAGAUUUAGUUUCUUGGAAUGCCAUAAUCCAUGGAUUAGCCAUGCAUGGAAAUGGAAGUGGAGCUCUUCAACUAUUCAUGAGAAUGAAACAAGAGGGUUUUGUGCCUGAUAAAGUAACGUUAGUUAGCGUCUUGUGCGCUUGUACACAUGGAGGUUUCGUUGAUGAUGGAAUUCAAUAUUUUUACAACAUGGAAAGAGAUUACGGGGUCACCCCUGAAAUUGAACAUUAUGGUUGCAUCAUUGAUCUUUUAGGACGUGGGGGGCGGCUUAAUGAAGCAUUUCAACUUGUCCACGAUAUGCCAAUUAAACCAAAUAAUGUUAUAUGGGGGGCACUGUUAGGGGCCUGCCGAAUGCAUAAUGCUGUGGAACUUGCAGAGGAAGUGCUUAAUCAACUAGUUAAGCUAGAGCCAAAUGAUGCAGGGAAUCUUUCUAUGCUAUCAAAUAUAUAUGCUGCAGCCGGGAAUUGGGAUAAGGUUUCUGAUGCCAGGUUGAAGAUGAAGAACACUGGUAGUCAAAAGCUCUCAGGUGCUAGUUUGAUUGAGUUGGACAAUGAGGUCCAUGAAUUUACUGUAGUCGACAAAUCACACCCUAAAUCAGUGAGGAUAUAUCAGAUGAUUAAUGGACUGAGUCAACAUCUUAAAAAAGACGGUUAUAUAGCAAAUGAAAUUCUUAAAGAGAAUUAUAGUGGCAGUUUGGGUAGCUCACUCUGAUGCUGCUGCUUGUAGUGCAUAUAUACUAUUCAGGAAGGUCGACAACUCACUCAAUACAAAUGCUGACAUGCUGUCAAUAUUAUUUGAAUGUGGAUUGAAGUGACUUCACCAAUGGUUUUAAUGAAGAUGAUGCUGAUGUUUAUUUGUGGUAAAUAAUUCAUUCCGGUCCUGAUGCUUUAGGGUGACACCAUCAUUCUCACUGACCCUGCUGGAAUGGCGCAGACUCACUGUAGCUCAUGAACUGUGAUAAGGCUUUUAAAAAACUUAUCAGUAUUGAGCAGUUGAAUUGUGCUGGUAGAGAUAUAUAAUGUAGCAUAAUCUUUGAGAAAUUCUGCUAGACGGUGCAACUUUGACCAAUGUAUCAUCAUGUCCUCUGUUAUCAACCAGAAAACCUUACAAUCUUAAUCUAGUUACAUUUUUGAGGUUUAUUCUGUUGGUGGUAACUGUUUGAAAAAGUUUGUGAGUUUGAAAUUACUACGGAGAUUCUGCCAAGUGCUAAUGCAAAUCAGGAGAGCUGGAAUUCGAGCAAGUUUGCAUUGCAAGCUCGUCUCAACAAGACAGGCUCCAGAUGGUACAGCUUAUGAGGUUGUUAGUUUGUUAAGUUCAAUCAAGAAAUUUUUUGACUAAAUUUUUUAAGCUUGUGUUGAGAUUGAUGAGGUAAACUCAGCUCAGUUGACUAAUCUAUAUGUAAAGCCUCGUCUUGGUUUGGCUCGAGUUGAAUGCAGUAUAAAGGAUCCCUGCUUUAAUUAAUUUAUAAAGAUUAACAUAUUAAUUAUGUGUUUAGAAAAGGCUCUAUCAAAAGAUCAAUAACAAAAAAAUGACUUGGAUCGAUACAAGUUACAGCUUUUAUACUUGAAAAUUCCCCCCCUUAAAUUGUGGAAGACAAUAUGUCUUGCUGGCAAGUUGACUGGGUCCGAAGCACACAAGGUGGCUUUAGCAUAUUCUGCCUAACUUUGCUACUACUGGAGGGCGUUAUGAUAAAAAAAAAUAAAAAAAAAUGAUUAUUCCACCCACUUGCCAGUACUCCCAGUAAUAGAAAACACUAAACACAUUAAGCAGCAGAAUAAUUGGCCAGGAGUAUGACACAUCACUUAAAAGCUCUGUAGUGUUCUUAUCCUUUUCCUGCUUGUUGGAACCAACACUUAUGAUAAUGGUACAGGUGAGUCUUUUUAUUAUUGUCUUGUUACAUACGUGUUCAGUUCUAUCAACUGGCCCAUGCCUGGUAAUCCUAAAUGGAUGAGGUAGGAUGAAGUUCACAGAGCCUGUGGUCUCUAUUAAAUUUUGAAAAUACCAAUCCUUCAGUCCAAUUAAGCUCAUUCCAUAUCCUAUAAAUUGCAUCAACAACUACUUCAUCUCCAUCUAAGUGCAUAACAUAGUUUGAGCUACAUGGAUGCUUGCUUUUUGUCUUCGAGUUCCUUGACAAAAACACUGCAACCUAUACCUUCCAUCAAGGCAAAAGUUCUUGGGCUUCCAAGGAAAAAUCUUCAUCAA